AUGGAUCCCGACAGACCCUUCCGCAUCAAGGGCGAGCCUGAUGAGGAUGAUGAGGAGCAGAAGAUGAUGGCUCUUAUGAGCAUUCCUCAGGCCGCCGCGCCCCAAGCUGCACCCCGGGCUACAUCAGUAACCCCAGCCCAAACCGUUGCUCAAAACGCUUUUACGGCUGCGACUUUUGCUGCUUUACCUCGGGGUUCUGCUGCGCCUGCUGUACCUGCUGGUCCUGCUGGUGAUGGCACCGCCGUGGCUACAACAUCCGCCGCUACCACAACAGCCGUAGCGAAGAAAACCCAAGCCAAGAAGACCGCCGCUACUCCUCGCAAGCCAGCUGCUAAGAAGGAUGCUGCUUCGGGUGCUAAGACUCCUGCUGGUCCAAAGACUCCCGCUGUCCCGAAGACCGCUCCCAGCGCUGCUGAUGCUGCGGGUGCUGAGGCAGCUGACGGUGCUGAGGUGACUCCCAAAGCGACUACGAAAGCGAUUCCCAAGUCUGCUCCCAAGACGGCUACCAAAGCUACUCCUAAGGCUGCGACGAAGGCGACUCCGAAAACAGCUGCCAAAACUACCACCCCCAAGACUACCACCAAAGCUACUCCGAAGACCGCAUCCAAGACUGCCGCGAAGGAUACACCUACUACUACCACUAGUACGCAAGCCGGAGCUGGAGCUGGAGCUGGAGAUGGAGUCGGAUCAGGAGACGGAUCAGGACAAGGAGAUGGAGAUGGGGUCGCAGCAGGAGCAGCAGUAACCCCCACUCUCACCACUGGUACCACCACAGGUACCAGCAGCACCACCGCCACCGGCGCUAUCCCCGCCCGUCCCCGCGGCCGUGCUAGAAAGAACACGACAUCGACAGACACUGCCACUGCCACUGCCACGGACGCUGCUGUCACUACCGGCACAGCUGCUGCUACAAAGACUGAAAACAACGCCACGAGCAAUGGUACAAACGUCUCCCCGAUUCCUGCUUCCGCUCCGGUCAUAGUGGCUACUGCUAAUCGCCCUCCUCCUGCACCUGUCCCUGGUGUCGCUGGUGCUGCUGGUGCUACUACUACCACUACUACUCGUGGACAGUCAGGAAACACUAGAGGUGGCAGAGCCGGAGCUAGAGGUGGAAGAGCCGGCAGAGGUGGCCGAGGUGGUUCAGCCAGGGGUGUUUCUGCCGCCUCUCCGUUUGCUGCUGAUGCUGCUUCUGCCUCUGCCUCUUCAUCGACCAUUCCUGCUAAGAGGGCUGCUAGCGCCGCUAGUUCUUCCAGAGGAAGUGUUGAUAUCGUCGAUGGCAGAGCCAACAAGCAGCGCAAGACUGCGGCUAGUGGUACUCCGGGAGCUUCUCGUGCGGCUUCAUCUUCAAGGGCGGGUUCAAAGCCGGCGGCAGUUCCAAUACCUGUUCCUGCGGGUCCUGCUGCGGCGGCGGGAACGGCUUCCGGUGCGGCUGGGGCGAAGAAAGGCUGGAGUGUUGAUGGGAAUGAGAUCAAUCGGAGGCAUAAGGCGAAUGAUUUGCACCUCCUCGAAACAGGCGAAUUCUCCGACGCCACCAUCCAUAUCCUCAAGAGAUCAUGGAAGGUGCACAAGAUGCGGUUGAGCACGCGGAGUGCGUGGUUUAAGCAGGCUUUUGCUGGUAGUGAUGGUACGGGCCAAACCAGCGAGAUCAACCUGCAUGAUCAGAACCCUGAUGAUAUCGAUACCAUGCUGAGGUUUAUGUAUGCUGAUUCCCUCGACGAAAACCUCACCCAUCCCUCCUCCAUGCCCAACCCCAUAACAACCUACUGCACCCUCUACAACCUCGGCCACCGCUUCAUGGUCCCCCUCUUAUGCCGCGACACACUCACCCUCCUAGGGCAAUACCUCGACACCAAACUCCUUCUCCUCUGCACUUACUCCGCGCCCGUCUCAGGCCGCUCAGGUAUAAUCGACCACACUGACCCCCUCUUAUCUCCCCAAUCCUACUCCGCCGACCUCUUCAAAGGCAUCUUCACCGCUUACUCAACCGUCUCCCAAUCCACCAAACUACACUCCCUUCUCGCAUCCUUCCUCUGGGCCGGCCGCGACAGACUCUUCCGCCUCCCCGGCUUUCGCGCACAAAUCGAUCAAUGCCCCAUGCUCGGCACCGACAUCUUCAAGGUUCUCCUCGGGGACAAUUCCAGUUCAUUCAUCCCUCCCACCACGAUAAAGUUAACCAACUUACCCGGCGGUAGCGAUAUCGAUGAGCUGAAAGCUAAACAUUUCGGCCCGAGCUGUGCGCGCCUGGAUCAUACUCGCAAGACGCAACAUCCUGAUCGAUGGGGGUGGGUAUUGGUGGGAGGUUUGAACUGGGUGUGGGUGGGGGUGGACUUGUGGAUUUGGUUGGGGGGGAUGGAGUGGAGGGGGGGUGGUGGUGGUGGUGGUGGUGGUGGUGGUGGUGGUGGUGGUGGUGGUGGAAGGAGUGGAAAUGGAGAGGGCGGAAGUGGUGAGGGAGAGGGGGUGAAGCAGAAGAAGAAGGCCCCGUUGGAGGAUGUGAUUCCGAUGUGGAGGUUGAGUAUUAAGGAUGAUGAGUGA